ACUCGAUCAAGAUCAAGGAUUGAAAUUUAUGCCUUCUUGGUUCAGGGAGCUAGUGCCAUACUGGCAGAGUGAGCAUGAUGAAGUACAGAGCAAGGUGUCCGAGUCAUUCCAAGCUCUUUUAGAAGAAUGUAUUGGAAAUUGUAGUAAAGAGGUCAUUGUAGCUAACAGGGAUAAAAUAGAAACUAUUUUCCAGGCAGUGUCAAGUGGCUUGUCAUAUCAAUACCAAGGAGCGUGGGACUGCGUAUUUCAGUCCCUUGGUAGUUGCUUCAAAGUACUUGGGGCCUAUUUUCCAGAAAUGCUGAAACCCUGCCUGAGAAGUCUUUCUGAACUAAUGGACAACCCUAAAGUUCCACAUAGAAGGUAUUUGGAGGAAUCUAUUGGUUCCUUUGUGACAUCUGUAGGACCAAAAGCUGUCAUGGAAGUCAUUCCUUUGCAAGUAACAGGAAACAUUGCAGAAGACGAGAAGUACUUGUGGAUUCUGCCCAUAUUAAAGCGUUACAUCAAGAAUACUCAGUUGGCAUUUUUCGAAGACUUCUUUGUUCAUCUUGCUGGUAAAUGUUUCAUAAUUAUUAAUUCAUUAAAAGAAAAGGGUGAAGGAGAUUCCAUCUUGGCUAAAACUUACCAUACAGUCGAAAAUCAGAUCUGGAACCUUCUUCCUGGCUUUUGUGACAAAGCUACUGAUGUUCACGAGGUGUUGGGAAACGAGAAGUUUGCUCGUAUUAUCUGUGACCACAUCAGGCUACGCGACGACACGAGAAUCACUAUGAUGACAGCCUUACGAACCUUGGUAAAUGACAAUGUGGAAAACCCAGGAAAAUUGUCAUUCUAUGCAAAGAACUACUUACCUGCCUUGUUCAAUAUUUACCUUACUAAGCACCAGAAGUUCAAAGGUAAAUCAAGCACCGACGAGUCAGGUGAAUCCAUUGUAAGUAAUGGACAUAGGCUUGCUGCUUAUUCAACCAUUAGAACUUACCUUCAGGUUGUCCCCCAACCAAAAUAUCAAGAAUUUCUAGGAAUGGUCAUGAAGAAAUAUAAUGAUGAAACUGAUGUGUUUAAAAGACAAGCCUUUUUGGACUUGGCAAGAACUUUCCUCCCAUUUAUAGAUUCUGCAUUAGUAUUACGCUUGUUCAGUAAAGUAAAACCAAUUUUGGAUUCCAAAACUGAUCGACAUGUACAAAAAGCUGCUUAUAGAUUGUUGGAGGAAACACUAAGUAUCAGAAAUGAAGCAUGCCAAUCCUUUGUCAAUGAAAAUAUUGAUGAAUUGUCAUCUUUACUUUUAAAAUCUAUAUCAGCUGCUGCUCCCAGCUCCCGUGCACCUCGCUUAAGGUGUGUCAGGCAAAUUUUGCUUCAGCUGGAUAAGAGUAUUAGUGAAGAAAAAUUAAAUGAGUUCUUACAGCAAGUGGUUGGAGAAAGUGUUAUGUGUUGUGGUAAAAGCUUGUCUACCUCUGUACGGAAGGCUGCCUUUUUGCUGAUAUCAGAAGUCGGAGGAACUAUUCAAAAACAUACUGGGUGUACAGGAGAAGAAACAGUCAGAAGGUGCAUAACGAUGCUUUUGGCAGGGCUGGCAGGGUCACCGAUGCUUGCUUCAAAUACAAUCUUAGCCAUUACGUCUCUUGCAUAUCAAUAUAAAGAUAUUGUAUCUUCAGAUAUGUUGGAUCUUCUUAUGAAGAACAUGUGCACACAGCUUCUUUGUCAUUCACGAGAAGUGGUUGGAUCUAGUCUUUCGUUCAUCAAAUCUACCUUUGUUGUAUUCCCUAUACCAGUUAUGACAAGUUAUGUUGACAUGGUUGUGAAAGCCAUGUGUGGUAUGGUUGUUGAUUGUCAGAAGAAAUUCAGAAAUAAAACGAGAGACAUCUUUGACAGGAUGAUGCGGAAAUUUGGAGCUGAUAGAAUCAUGGCGUUAGUCCCAGCCAAUGAUGUAGUUCUUCAAAAGAGACUUCGCAACUUUCGCAAAUUAGCAGCACGAAAAAAGAGAGAAAGGGAAGCCAAGAAGGAUGAAGGUGAUAAUAGUGAUGAUGACUUUGAAACUAAAGCACAUCCAACCAGCCUGGAUGAAAUUUUGGCUGCAAUAGAUAGUGAACCUGAAGAUGAAGACAAUGAGGACGGUGACAGUAUGUUUAAGAAGAAAGGGAAAAUGGCUAAAGGGAAAUUGACAAAGAAGAAAGAAAAAGGCACCUGGAUUAAAGAAGAUGAG